CUAAGCCCCGCCCCCAAAUGGCCCUGUUUUGUAAGUCGUCACGUAGCUCUGCGGCACAGACCCUCAGUUCUCCGCUCUGCUUACACAUACCAGUCCGACGGCCGGUAACCUCCUCCUCUCUCCUUUUACAGGACCCAUAAGCCAGAGCCAAGAUGACGCACCAGGUCCCCGCCCUCACUGCUGAGCAGAAGAAGGAGCUGCAGGACAUCGCCCAACGCAUUGUGGCUCCCGGGAAGGGCAUCCUGGCCGCUGAUGAGUCUGUGGGCAGCAUGGCAAAGCGGUUCAAUCAGAUCGGUGUGGAGAACACGGAGGAGAACCGGCGGCUAUACCGGCAGCUUCUGUUCACUGCCGACACGCGCAUCGACAGCUGCAUUGGUGGCGUCAUCUUCUUCCACGAGACCCUGUACCAGAACACCGACGAUGGCACAUCAUUCACCAAGUUGAUCAAGGACCGGGGCAUGGUCGUGGGCAUCAAGGUUGACAAGGGUGUGGUACCACUGGCUGGAACAGACGGAGAGACCACCACCCAGGGCCUGGACGGCCUCUCUGAGCGAUGUGCCCAGUACAAGAAGGACGGGGCCGACUUCGCCAAGUGGCGCUGUGUGCUGAAGAUCAGCGAGCAUACGCCCUCCCAGCUGGCCAUCAUGGAGAACGCCAACGUGCUGGCCCGCUACGCCAGUAUUUGCCAGCAGAAUGGAAUCGUGCCCAUUGUGGAGCCUGAGAUCUUGCCAGAUGGCGAUCAUGACCUAAAGCGCUGUCAGUAUGUCACGGAGAAGGUCUUGGCUGCUGUAUACAAGGCCCUGUCAGACCAUCACGUGUAUCUAGAGGGCACCCUGCUGAAGCCCAAUAUGGUGACCCCAGGCCACGCCUGUCCCAGCAAGGUCACCGGGGAGGAGAUCGCCAUGGCGACUGUUACCGCCCUGCGUCGCACAGUCCCUCCCGCCGUCACCGGUGUGACUUUCCUGUCUGGAGGUCAGAGUGAGGAAGAGGCUUCCAUCAACCUGAACGCCAUCAACACUUGUCCCUUGGCCAAGCCGUGGGCGCUCACCUUCUCCUACGGCCGCGCCCUGCAAGCCUCUGCCCUCAACGCUUGGCGUGGGCAGAAGGAGAACGAGAAGGCUGCCACGGAGGAGUUCAUCAAACGGGCGGAGGUCAAUGGCUUGGCGGCACUGGGCAAGUACAUCUCCAGUGGAGGCGGCAGCGGAGCAGCCGGGCAGUCCCUCUACGUAGCCAAUCAUGCUUACUGAGCUGCCCAAUCACAGCCGUGUUCCAGCUUCUGCUGACCAAUAGUAUCUUCUGCUGCUGCUAUGGUUUUUUUUUUUCCCUUCAGUGUCAUCAACCAGCACAAGCCUUCGCUGUCUUCAGUACUUUAGGUCACUAUAUUUCUAAAAUGAGUGUUGAUAUUAGAUUGUAUGUCGUAUGAAACGUAUCAGGAGUGGUUUGGCUGGGAGAAGCUACUGGAGAAAUAGCUAGCUGGGCAUUACAGAUUAAUACUAUAUUUUAUAUAUAUAUAUUAUAAUAUAGUGUUUAACUGUUCAGGAGAACGUGGGUUAAGUGUUAUGGGUACUAAGCACUUUCUUAGAUUAGAAUCCGGAAGAAGACACAUAUUGAUGCAUAAAUACAGACUGCGAUGGAGUUUCAAAGUAUUUCCCUGUUUGUGGGCAGCCUGCAUGAAUACUAUCAUACUGGCAGUGUUGUCCUUUCAUUAUUUAACACAGCAAUGGUAGCAGCUUGGGAAGAAUUGUAGCUGUAAGUGACUAAAUACUAUCAAUCUCUUAUCUUACCUGUCUUUCAACCAAGUUGUGGGAUGCUAUCGUCACUAAAGAAUAUGAUCGUCAGUUUAAAUUGUAGCAAUGUUGUGUGUGACUUUGUGCUCCCAGUGUGUGUGAUGCUUCCGUGUCAGUCUGCAUCCCGCCCUUUUCCCAAGCGCGCAGCCAGAAGCUCACUCACCCGGGGCGUCUCUGCUUGCUGUCCAAACAGCUAUUGGCUGGGUCUCUCAUGUGGGUGUGGUCUACUACUGUGAUAGAUGUGUUGUCCACCUGGUGUACCAAAUAGUGAAGAAAAAUAAACUAGACAUCUGGAAA